GCGCUCGUCAACGGUUAUAUUUCCCGCCAAAAUCUAUCGGGGGCGCUUAUCAACGGCUGGGUUUCCCGCCAAAAUUUAUCAGUGAAGCGAAGCCAAUCGUCGAUCGAAGAUGAACGAUCUUCUUCAGGACUUCCGCGCUGAGCGCGGGUUGGCAAUGACUGCAAAGAACGACGGCGACGACAGGAUGGAUCCUGAACAAGGGGGGGGGGCUCCCCCUCCCCCUGCCCCUGACAACAGAAUGUCAGAGUUUUUUGAAGAGGUGGCUGAGGUGAAAAAUGUACUGGCCUCUAUCCGCCGGAAUCUGCACAAGCUACAGGAUGCGCACGAGGAGAGCAAGCUUGUCACUAGAGCAGAUUCCUUUAAAGCCCUCAAGGAGAGGAUGGAAUCGGAUAUUGAUGAGGUCAGCAGGUUGGCCCAUGGCAUCAAGACCAGGCUGGAGCAACUGGACAAAAAGAACGAGGCGAACAGAUCGCUACCUGGUUGUGGGGAGGGAAGCUCCACGGAUCGGACGAGAGUCAGCAUAACUGCGACUCUGAAGAAGAAGUUGAAGGAACUGAUGGCAGAAUUCCAGACUUUGAGGCAAAGGUUCAACGAUGACUACCGAGAAGUCGUGAAACGAAGGUACUUCACAGGUGCGAUACUCUUAUUUUGGUACUUAAUCUUUCUUGAUAUGGCUGUCCUCGUCGAAGCGCAGGGUGAAAUGCUCGACAACAUUGAGACUCAGGUAUCGCGAGCCGUGGACCACGUACAGUCGGGAACAAAUGCUCUGCAGAAGGCCAAAGCAUCUCAGAAAAGCACGCGCAAGUGGAUGUGUUGUGCCAUCAUCAUUCUUCUGAUCAUCAUCAUCAUAAUCGUUGUGUCCGUGCUCAAGCCGUGGCGAACCGGCAAAGCAUAGUUGGACACUUGUCAUUUCGGCGAUGGUUUUAUGGUAUUAUAUAUGCAUUCCAUCCUUCAGUAAUCAAGUUUACAAUUUCUGGGUACGAAACGCGGAAGAGGAUGCAAAUUUCACCACCACCCCUGUGGCACUCUCAGCAGCGGGAGUGUGCCUGGAGCUCGUGAAACCAGGAGUUAUUUUUUGAGAGAGAGAGAGAGAGAGAGAGAGAGAGAGAGAGAGAGAGAGAGUUAAGCGUUAGCAGCACCGCUUGCUGAUUGCUCUUGAGCUACGGCAGGGUGAGAGGAGAGUGCACAUGUAGGUGGCUGUCGAGAGCCAUCGUUUAUGGAGGCUCUGUGGCUGCAGGGAGCCAUCGUUAGUGGCGACUCAGCUGCAGGCGGGUGUCAUUUGCGGUCGGCGUCAGUUGGAUGCCAUAAUACAUUGGAGGAGUGCCAGUCAGUGACCCCUGGGGUUUUAAGGAAUCACCAUCGUCCUGACGUUUUCUGGUCUUUCGGUGGCUUUCAUUUUGCCGGUUUAAUGAUGAUGAAGAUUGUCAGGCAGCGGCAGAGGGCCGGGGGGGGGGGGGGGGGGGUGUGGUCAGCAGGCAAUGUACGUGUGCAUAGGGAGAGGUGGUACGUGCGUCCUGUCUUGCUGGGUGUGCAAAUGCGCCAUUUGGCCUAGCGGUGACCCCCGGCGAGUGAUGUUAACGGCCAUUCGGCCACAGACAGCAAAUCUAUGGGCGUGCGGUCAACAGGCAAUGUACGUGUGCAUGGGGAGAGGUGGUACGUGCGUCCUGUCUUGCUGGGUGUGCGAAUGUGCCAUUUGGCCUAGGGGUGACCCCCGGCGAGUGAUGUUAACGGCCAUUUGGCCACAGACAGCAAAUCUAUGGGCGUAAAUGCCCGCUGCUGCUGUCAUUCCCGUUGGCCACAGACAGCCAUGAUGAGAUACAUGACGUGUCGCUGUCCUGUCGUUCCUCCUUCCUGUGAGAGGUAUUCUUUUAGAUGCCCGACUCACACUAGCACUUUCCUAAAUGUAUCUGAYGGCAGGUACGUCUGSGUUCGGAAACUUCGGAUGCAUCUGACCGCAAUCACAUCCAGAGAGGGAGAAGAGUGAGUGGCCUCUCAGAGAAGAGCACAAGGUGGUUAGGAUGUCAUAGGAUUGCUUCCGGUCGCGUAUAUUAAGGAAGGCUUUUGGUUCCAUGUUAUGUGACAUGCGAACGGACCUUCUGCUGACGCACUCGUGUCCUUAACUCCUGUUAGCGGCGAUUCAGCGGCAACUGAGGCUCUCUAAUCUGCCGCAAAACACAAGAAUGAGUGAUUGGGAGAGGGAGGGAGCCAGUAUGCAGCGUUUGUCUGUACAUAGUAUAUUAGGCUGUUAUGGAUGGUGCCAAGGCUUGAGAAAAGAUAGCUAGCGGCAAAUGUGCGUAGGAAGGAGUUUCACGCGCGGACAUAACAGGGUGGGUGCKGAGAGGUGAGGGCGAUAAGAAGGAAAGGGGCUUGGCGGGAGGGGUGGUUUGUUCGUCAAGCGGGUGUCAUAUUUUUUUUGCCAUUUUCUGAGCCCUCCUUGCGGGGCUGAACAGCUAUCUAUCACAAAAUAUACAUAUUGUUGUCUGACUCACGCGAUUAGCGAAAUUCAUUUGCUAUGUAGUCUCUUAGACUGUUGUUGUCAUCUAAAUUUAGAUCAGCGUCCCUGAUUCGUUUUGGUCGCCCGCUUACACUCCUAACGUGGUAUUCAGAGAAAUCUUCCUGGGAAGGCUGACUGAAUACUCUACUGAAUCACUGAUACACUUGUCAUUUGUUUGAUUGAGUUUUGCGUAAACCAGAUUUGCAUUGUUUCAUCCAACGGUGAAGACUUCUUAUAAGUUUGUAAUCAGACGGUCGACAAUGAGUUGCUAGUACGUCCUGCUUCAGGGAUACCAACCACGAAUCUCGAUUCUCUCAUAUAGACCGUACGUCUCCGCACCUGUCUACUCUUGGGAUACUGAGUUCGAAGCAUGGUAAGGGGGAGAGCGGCACUGGAGGGUUGAAAAGAGUUGCUGCUACGUCCUGCUUCGGGGAUUUCGUACAUCUUCUUACCUGAUGACUCAUGGGAUACUGAGUUGGAAGCAUGGUUAAGGAGGAGAGCGGCGCUGGACAUGGCUUUUCAGAAGCGUAGCAGGGGUCUGAGGUGACUGGCAUGUGUAGUGUAGUACAUGUGCAGGCAACAGACUUUACUUUGUGCAGGUCCUUGGCAGCUAUACGCCGAACACAGCACUGGUUAUGGGUUUUGCCGCACAAGUUUCGUCUGUCUCCGAGAUGUUCCGUUUCGCGACUGUGCUUGUGUUGGCAAUGGCAUCACAGAUGCAAUGCCCCGCGCCGCGUCUGCCGCCAGGACGACUGGAGGUUGGGGGCCUCGUAUUAGCGUCUACGAUGGCGAAAUGCCUCAGAUUUGUCCAUCCAGUUUACCGCUGUCUGCAUGUCCAGUGAAUGCCGACUCAGUAUUUGUCACCUCUGCUCAUUCGGACACAACAAAGUUGAGGAUUACCCUCUUUCGGUCUCUCAGGGCAUACUCUCACGAGGACUUUCCGGGAUGAAUCGGACCGCUUUUAUGGUCAGGCGUUGACGCACCUGGCCGCAACGCUGUCCACAGAUAAGCUGAAAAAGUCCCCGUGUGAAUAUGCCCUCGUUCAGAAGUGGAAAAGACUCGCAAGUCUUGUACAUCUCGGACACGUGUUGUCGAUCUUAUUCCCCAUCAUGCAUCCGCUCUGACCUUCAUUGAUGACACUGAGGGUUAUGAAUUUGUAUGUUCACAAAGGUUCACAGAGUCGGAGAACUCAGGGAGAGCUAUGGUUGGUUGGCGUCUAUCGAUGGGCCAGGGAGGUUUAGUUAGCGAUUCAGAGCGAAUCGUGUGGCUUUUCCGACCGCUGAUGUGGCGGUAGAGAUGCAAGGCAGGCAGUGCCGAGGAGAGCUGGAAGAGUUUGUCGGGAACUGCCAUAGUAUGGUUGUUAUCGUAGAUGUUUGCUGGCUGACGACUUACCGUGGGAGUGCUCGCAGGAUGCUGGGAUGGAUGCGGAUGCCAGGCCACAUGAUUGCAGUCCAAAGCUUGGCUGAUCUGCCACAGCUUAGUUAGUAGGUUGCUGCAAGCUGGGCGUUUAGCGAUGGAUGCCUUAGGCAGCUGGUCCUAAGGCAUUUGCAUGAUUGCUAUCCGAUCUGACAAACUCAACUGGCAUUGCAAUGCCCUGCGUCCAUGUCAGCUGGGGGCGUUUACCGAUGGAUGCCUUAGGCAGCUGACAUGGAAGCUGACAUGGCAGCUAAAAAGGCAGUUCAGAUGGAAGUGGGGGGAUUCUAAGCCGCACGAUUGCUAUCCGAUCCGAAGCCGGCCAAGGUAACAGGCUGAUAUGACAGCUGAGGUGUCGGCUGACAUGGCAGCUGAGAUGGAAGGGGGGAUUCUAAGUCACAUGAUUGCUCUUCUAAGAUGGUUGAGGUACUAGCUGAAAGGUUGGCUGGCUGACAGGCAGUGACAGCUGACACGGCAGAUGAAUCGGCAGCUGAAAUGGAAGGAGGAAUCAUAAGCCGCACGAUUGCUAUCCUAGGGCAGAGAAAAAUUGGGUGGGUGGUGGACUUUUCGAUGGCAGAGGUGUUGACUGGCUGACGGCUUCGGCAGCCGAAUCGGCAGCUGACAGCUGACAUUACAGCUGAUUUGGUGGCUGAGAUGGAAGGGGGGAUCGAUUCUUAGCCGCAUGAAUGUAACCGUAAGCUGGACUAGGUGGGGUUGGAGAUGAAAGCUGUGAUGCUGUCUGGUCUGCUGACGGCCUUAAGGGGCAGUUGAGGUGGAAGCUGAGAUAGAAGGGGGAUACUGAGCCACUUGAUUGUCUUAGACAGGGUGUCUUAGGGGUGCCAGUACAUUCUCUGGUGUCCGUCCUCACCCUGUCUAUCCCACGCUACCGUAUACGAUUGGGUUAUAGAUUCAAAAUGCCGCAGUGGAAGGUGUGCACAGAAGGAGCGGAAGUAAGGUUAUUUACUUCCCCCAAAUAGAACGUAUAGUCAUAAGAGCUGCAGUCGGGGUAACUUUCAGUUUUAGAUAGAGCGGUAAUGACAGUACGUUCUAUUCGGAGGAAGAGUGUAGAUUCCUUGACAAAGGGUGCCGAUCGAUCAUCAUGCGCUUGGGUGGAACACAGCUGCUGCCCACAUUACCUGUUUGUGUAGACAACAGGCAAUUUUUUCGAUGCGGUGAGGGCAGAGCACGCUGCAUGUUAUCGUGCCUUUGGCGUGGAGCGCAGCUGCUGUGCGAGUCAGUGAUGUGGUGAGGGCAGAGCAUGCUGCAUGUCAUGUUGCUGGGCAGCAGAGAGAACUCUUUGUUGCGCCGGGUCAUCGUUGCAAGAAGACUGGGAGCAAAAUUAUGUUGCACGGCUAUAGCGACUAGUUUUGGAAUCUUCAUCUUGUUCUCAGCUAUGCGGCAGCUCGUACACCUCUCCCGAUCUUCCAGGCACUUGGAACUGUCUUAUGGGGGUGUAUACCUCUUAUGGGGGUGUCCGUCGGGACAGUCCGUACCCGUCUGACAGGACGAAACUGGUGUAGCAGCAGACCUUCAUCCUUGAGCUGUACUUCGUUCUUUCGAGUUUCUAGAGAAUCGUAACAGCAUUUGCAGUGGAAUCUGGUCCUGCUUCGGCGGCAUUCGAAGACAGCCAUUCCUGCUUCCUCAGGGAUGUACUUAACGCUCGACUCUUUGUCGACCCCAGGUAGGUUGUAUACGAAAGACCCGUGACCUUCAUCCUUGAGCUGUACUUCGUUCNUGUAUACGAAAGACCCGUGACCUUCAUCCUUGAGCUGUACUUCGUUCUUUCGAGUUUCUACAGAAUCG